CAUCAACCUCACAGUAUAAGUACAAGAGAGGAUGUCUGAGUUGAAAAAAACCAACUUGAAUUCAGUUGUUGAUUUGAGAACCGUGGUUGAUGAUAAUCUCCAGGCCAGUUUGGGUAAACUAGGGUAUGCCCAAUCAUUUACGUUAACUGAUCUCAAAUUGGCAUUGGGCUAUAUGACUAUAGCCAUUGCCGGAGGUUUAUUUUACCUUGACAAGAAGUUUGAAUUCAAAGAUGCUUAUAACUUUACCGUUGCUGGUAUUGUAGUUUACUUUAUCAUAAGUGGGAUACAUUUAUUUUUCACUUCAGGUAAGUUCAAAAACAACAAGUACGUUGGUUAUAACGAUUCUAAGGAAAAGAUUCUGAUCAGUAGUUGGACUAAUAAAUACGAACCUACCUAUCAUUAUAAAAUAGUUAUCAAUGAUGAUGAGUCCAGAGCAAUUACUGCUCAAUUUCCCUUCACUUCGGUGUUUGAUUCCUUUGGCUAUUACAAAAGUGAUUUAACUACAGAAAUAUUGCAAAAAGAGCUCGAAAAAUUUGGUAAGAAAGACCUCUAGGCAUUAUCUUCAUAAUAUAAAACCGUUACACCUGUAAAUUUUUGUAAGUUUACCGUUUACCUGUAAGGAGCUCACCAUGAGGUUCAUUCACUUAGCUCGUGCCCAUGAUUCAAGCCCAUAGCUCGUGCCCAUGAUUC